AUGAAUCUGCAAUCCUUAUUUAGAGAUUUUAAUCCCAGCAAAUUCAUUGUACACUGCAGUUUAUUUACAUUUGUGACGUUGUUUGCAUUACGCUUAGAUGGUUACAUCGAUUGGCCUUGGUAUUUCAUUUUUACACCACUGUGGAUAUGGAAGGCAAUAGCAGCAUUGGGUGCUACCAUUGGUGCAAUAGUAUGGUGCCGUUAUCCUCACUACAGACUUGAAGGUGAUUCCUAUACACAAUUUAAGGCCAUGCUAAUAUCAUUAUCUCUCCACCUAAUCCUAUUGAUGUUCGAAUUGCUGGCCUGUGACAAUCUCACCUCAAAACGCCACCUCUGGGUAUUGGUAUUCAUUCCCUUGAUAUUUGGUUCGGUGGCCAGCGUUGGUGCCUGUGUCUGGGCUGUAAAACAUGAUCGUUCAUUUGAGCUGGAAUUGUUUUUGGCCGUCAAUGCAUUACAAUUUGUAUCCUUGCCAUUGAAAUUGGAUCAAUUUGUAACAUGGAAUUGGGAGGUGGUAUUUGUACCAAUGUGGAUUGUGAUUUGUUUGAGCUUAGUUAGUGUUCUCUACAAUAUUAUAUUUUGUGGUAUUAUGAUGAGGACCCCAGAGAUUUCAUUGCAACAGAAAAAGGCCGCAUUAAAUGCAGCUGUGGGUAAUGUUUGUACAGUACUGCCGCUUUUAUUUUUUCAGGUUGUAAUCUGCGAUAAACUUGAGGGUGAACUGAAAUUCCCAUACAUUGUGAUUUUCUCGCCCCUACUGGCCUCCAUCUUUGCCCUGAUUGUUCUCAGCUUUAGUGCUAAGGGUGGCAAUAAAUGGUGGUUUGGAAUACGCAAAUCCUUCAGUCAAUUCCUAUUGUCGGCCAUGCCUUUUCUACAAGAAUAUGGUAAUAUUUCCUAUCAUGCUGAAAGCAGCAGCAAUGCCCAACAAUCACAGCCACUGGAUGGUAGUUCAUCAUCAUCGAGUACAGCCCAUUUGGGUGAUUUCGACAAGCACAUGAAGAAGAGUAAAAAAUCAGCUAAAAAUGAUAGCAUGAAACCGGUGGUACCCAUAAUAAGUAUUGAUAUGCCCGAUUAA